CAAUUAGUCAAUUGCUCUUUCUUUGAUAAACUCAAUUAGGAAACUUACAGAAAAUAAAUGAAUUGGAUAGCCAGCCAGCGAGCAGUCCAAAAUGUUUAUUGUCUACUUUCUUAGCUAGCUGUACAGUUCAUCAGCUCUUUCUUCCUUUUCCUUUGCCCUCCUAUAAAUUCAUUCUCCUCUCUCUUCCUCCUUCGCUAGCAUACCACUGAAGCAGAGACAUAGAAAGAAACCAACUCUGUCUGCACCAGAGCAGCAUAGCUAUAAAGAAGAGAAAGGAGAAGUUUAGAGUUUCAAAAAUUUAACUGCCACCAUCUCCCAUUUCAGACAAUAAGAUUUUUCCCAUAAAAGGACAGACACACAGAGAAAGAAAAGAGAGAGAGAGAGAGAGAGGGGCACACUUGAAACAGAGACUGUCUCUCCCUAUCUCUUGUUUUCUUGCAAAAUGUUCACGAUUACUUGUUUAUUAUCGACAUUAAUUCCAUACCUUGUUUCCUUCAUUGUGUUUCUGGUAUUUCUUGAACAGAUCUCUUACUUAAUCAAGAGACGCAACACUCCAGGUCCUCUUCUUGUUCUUCCGUUUCUUGGCAACGCCAUAUCUUUAGUUCGAGACCCAACUAAAUUCUGGGACCGACAGUCUUCUUUCUCUAAAAAAUUAGGCUUCUCCACUAAUUACAUAAUCGGAAGAUUCAUCCUUUUCAUCCGCGACACUGAGCUCUCUCAUCUCAUCUUCGCCAAUGUACGGCCAGACGCAUUCAUGCUUGUCGGCCACCCUUUCGGUAAGAAACUAUUCGGCGAGCAUAAUUUGAUCUACAUGUUCGGUCAAGAUCAUAAAGAUCUCCGCCGUCGGAUUGCUCCCAACUUCACCCCUAGAGCGCUCUCAACUUACUCCGACAUACAGCAGAUUAUCAUUCUCAAGCACUUGAAGCAAUGGGCGGCGCUCGCUGACGAUAAUACUCAUCGCCCAAGCAGUUUAAGACUGUUGGUUCGUGAUAUGAAUCUCGAAACCUCUCAGACUGUGAUGGUUGGCCCUUACUUGAAUCUUGAAGCUCAAGAAAGAUUCAAGUUUGACUAUAAUUUAUUCAAUGUUGGUCUUAUGAAGCUUCCUAUUGACCUCCCUGGUUUCGCGUUUCGAAACGCUAGGCUCGCCGUUGACCGCCUUGCGCAAACCCUAGCUGGCUGCGCAAAACAAAGCAAAACAAGAAUGGCUAACAGCGACGAGCCUACUUGUUUAGUCGAUUUCUGGAUGCAGGAAACGAUUAAAGAAAUCGCCGCCGCCGAAUCUGCCGGAGAACCUACCCCUCCUCACACCAGCGACGCCGAGAUCGGCGGUUACCUCUUCGAUUUCCUCUUCGCUGCUCAAGACGCUUCCACUAGCUCCCUCCUUUGGGCGGUGGCGCUGCUCGAUUCGCAUCCCGAGGUACUAUCCAAAGUCCGGAAAGAAGUCUCCGCCUUGUGGUCGCCGGAGUCCGGUCGUUUAAUCACAGCAGAGCAGGUGAGGGAUAUGAAGUACACGCAAGCGGUGGCGCGUGAGAUAAUCAGGUAUAGAGCGCCUGCCACAUUGGUGCCGCACAUUGCCGUUAAGGAUUUCCCGUUAACUGAGUCAUACACGAUUCCCAAGGGGACGAUAGUGUUCCCGUCGGUUUACGAGAGCUCAUUUCAAGGGUUUACUGAACCGGACCGGUUUGACCCGGAGCGGUUUAGCGCGGAGCGGCAAGAGGAUCAACUGCAUAAGAGGAAUUUCUUGGCGUUUGGAGCCGGGGCCCACCAGUGCCUGGGCCAGAGGUACGCGUUGAAUCAUCUGGUGCUUUUUAUUGCAAUGUUCGUUACGUUACUUGAUUUCAAGAGGCAUCGGAUUGACGGCUGUGAUGAUAUUGUUUAUAAUCCUACCAUUUGUCCUAAGGAUGGGUGCACGGUUUUUCUAUCUAGACGUUUCUCACAGUUGCCAAAUCUUUCUUUAGAAUGACGAAAUUACCCUCUGUGGUUAAACAAUUGUUUGUUGUUUUCUUUUUUCUUUUUUUUUUUCUCUCCAAAAAAUGAAAAAAAAAAAGAAAGAAUUUGUUUUAGUGGUUUGUGAGUGUGUAUAGAUGUCAUGGACGGUUAGGAUUCUUUUGAUUAAUGGCUGUGUGGGAACAUUGAUUGGUGGAUAAUUGGGUUUGGGUUGGAUGUUUGGUUGGAAUCUCAAUAAAAUAAGUGCGUUGCUGAUUGGAAA